AUGAUCAACCACAGUUGUUUCUUAAUUUUAUUAACCUUAACAUGGUAUUGGAAAUUAGAUGCUUUUACAGGUCGUUGUAAACCUGAAGGAGAAAAUUGUACCAAAACAAUAUUUUCACCAUGUUGUGCAAAUUCCACAUGUCAACUACAUGGAUUAUUUAAAGGAGUUUGUGUUAAAUGUUUACCUGAGAAACAUUUGUGCUUAUCCAGUAGUGAAUGUUGUACAAAAUUAUGUAGUUGGUUUCGAUGUAUAAUGACAAAUUAG